AUGCACUGGACACCGGAACACGCCCAGCCCCUCAACCAGUGGCCAGAGCAGCACCUAGACGUCUCCUCCACCACCCCGUCGCCAGCCCACAAGUUGGAGUUGCCCCCUGGGGGUCGCCAGCGCUGCCAUUAUGCUUGGGCACACGAUGAUAUCUCCGCCCUCACUGCUUCCAACCUUCUCAAGCGCUACGCGGAGAAGUACUCAGGUGUCCUAGACUCGCCCUACGAGCGCCCCACACUGGGCGGCUAUGGCGAUGCCGCUUUCCUCAACGGUGCCAAGGGGGACCCCGAGCCCUGGCCAGGACCGGAGCCACCCUACCCCUUGGCCUCACUCCACGAGGGCCUCCCGGGAACCAAGUCGGGCAGUGGAGGCGGUUCCGGAGGCCUGGGAGGCUCCCCAGUUUUAGCCGGCAACCUGCCUGAACCCCUCUACGCCGGUAAUGCGUGCGGGGGCCCGUCGGCGGCACCAGAGUACCCGGCGGGCUAUGGCGGGGGCUAUCUUGCGCCGGGCUACUGCACGCAGACUGGGGCUGCGCUGCCCCCGCCACCCCCGGCCGCGCUACUGCAGCCGCCGCCUCCGCCCGGGUACGGCCCCUCGGGGCCUCUGUACAACUACCCCGCUGGGGGUUACGCGGCGCAGCCGGGCUACGGGGGCCUCCCGCCGCCGCCGGCCCCCCCGCCGGCCCCCUAUCUGACCUCGGGCUUGGCGGCGCCUACUCCUCUGCCCGCGCCUGCCCCACCCCGGCCGGCGCCCACCUCCUACAGCUUCCACGCGGCGGCUCCAGGUGCAGAGGCCGGGGUCUCGCUGAAGCGCAAGGCCGCCGACGAGGGCGGAGAGGGCCGCUACCGCAAGUACGUCUACGAGCCCUCCAAGGCCCCCGCGGCCGACGGCACCUCCUACCCCGCCGCGGACAACGGGGAGUGUCGGGGCAACGGGUUCCGAGGGAAGCCAACUGGAACCGUGGAGGAGGCGUCGGGCAAGUACGGGGGUGGCGUCCCCCUCAAGGUCUUGGGCUCCCCCGUGUACGGCCCGCAGCUCGAGUCUUUUGAAAAGUUUCCGGAGCGGGUUCCGGCGCCGGCUCCCCGUGGGGGCUUUGCAGUGCCGUCUGGGGAGGCUCUCAAAAGCGUGGACCCAGGAGCCAUGGAGUUGGUGACGAGCAAGAUGGUGGAUUGCGGGCCCCCGGUGCAGUGGGCGGACGUUGCGGGCCAGGGGGCGCUCAAGGCAGCGCUGGAGGAGGAGCUAGUGUGGCCCCUGCUAAGGCCGCCCGCUUACCCUGGCAGCCCACGCCCGCCACGGACAGUCCUGCUCUUCGGGCCACGGGGCGCCGGGAAGGCGCUGUUGGUUCGCUGCCUCGCCACUCAGCUGGGCGCCACGCUGUUGCGCCUGCGCGGCUCGACAUUGGCAGCGCCGGGCGCGGCCGAGGGCGCGCGCCUCCUCCAGGCCGCCUUCGCGGCUGCGCGCGGCCGACCGCCUGCGGUGCUCCUCAUCAGCGAGCUGGACGCGCUUCUUCCAGGCCGGGACGAUGGCGCCGCCGCCUCGGGUGCGCUGCAGGCGCCGCUCCUAGCUUGCCUGGACGGCGGCUGCGGCGCGGCGGCUGACGGCGUGUUAGUGGUGGGUACCACCUCGCGGCCUUCGGCUCUGGAUGAGGCGACCCGCAGGCGUUUCGCUCUCCGCUUCUACGUGGCGCUGCCGGAUAGUCCGGCUCGUGGGCAGAUCCUGCAGCGGGUGCUGGCCCAGCAGGGAUGCGCGCUGGGCGAGCAGGAGCUCGCGGCUCUGGUGCAGGGCACCCAGGGCUUUUCAGGGGGCGAGCUGGGGCAGCUGUGCCAGCAGGCAGCAGCCAGAGCGGGCCUCCCGGGUCUGCAACGCCCGCUCUCCUACAAGGACUUGGAGGCAGCAUUAGCCAAGGUGGGCCCUAGAGUCUCACCCAAGGAGCUGGACUCGUUCGUGGAGUGGGACAAAAUGUAUGGCUCCGGACACUGA